AUGGUGAGUAUGCGAAAUAGGAAAGUCAUAUCGCGGAGAGCACCAGUACUCCGCAAAUCCGCCGCGGAAAGCUUCCGCCAAUACCUCCAAGAGCUCCAAGACGAGAACGAUGUCCUCACCAUCACCAAAGAAGUUGAUCCUCACCUCGAAGUAGGGGCUAUAACCCGCAAAGUCUACGAGAAUGGCGAAAAGACUCCUUUAUUCGAGAACCUCAAGGGCUAUGGUAGAAUCAAGGAUAACGGCCUCUUUCGUAUACUCGGAGCACCAGUUGGCCUGAGUAAAGUCCCUGGACAGAAACUUGGUCGGAUUGCAAAGUCACUGGGGCUGCCAUCUACUGCAUCGGGACAGGAGAUUAUUCAAAAGAUCAACGACGCGAAGAGAAAACCGCCUAUACCAUCGAAAGAAGUCCCCUCAGGACCCGUGAAAGAAUACAAAUUAUUCGGCGAUGAUAUCGACUUAACUGCAUUGCCUGACCCAUUCCUCCACCAACACGACGGCGGAAAAUUCAUACAGACCUUUGGCAUGCACAUCGUUCAAACUCCAGACGGCCGCUGGACGAACUGGUCCAUCACGCGCGGCAUGAUCCACGGCAAAUGCUCACUCGUCGGCCCCGUCAUCCCCAAGCAGGACAUCGGCGUGAUCCAUCAGAUGUGGAAAGACAAGAAACAAGACAUGCCCUGGGCAUUGUGUUUCGGUGUACCCCCCGCUGCGAUUAUGGUUAGCGGGAUGCCGAUUCCCAAAUGGACGAAUGAGACGGAGUUUAUCGGUGCGUUGACGGGAAAACCUGUUGAGGCUGUCAAGUGCGAGACGAAUGAUAUUCGUGUUCCGGGUGAUGCGGAGAUCGUGCUUGAGGGUGUCGUUUCGAGUACGGAGACUGCCUCUGAGGGGCCGAUGGCGGAGUAUCACGGGCUUAUGUUUCCGGGGAGGAGUAGGGAGUGUCCUGUUUUCAGGGUUGAUGCUGUUACUUAUCGAGAGAAUCCUGUUCUGCCGGUUUGUGUUGCUGGGAGAGCUACCGAGGAGAAUCAUACUGUUUGGGGUGUUAUGAUAGCAGCUGAAGUUUUGACUAUUUGUCAGAAUGCUGGUCUUCCGGUUAAAAUGGCUUGGUGUCCAUUUGAAUCUCAUUGUCUUUGGUUUGUCUUGCAGGUUGACCUUACACAGUUGAAAGCAUUAAAGACCAACAUGAAAGACUUCUGCACGAAAGUCGGGCAUGUCGUCUUCGGCUCAAAGCCUGGGUGGUAUAUCCCCAAGCUCUAUAUAGUCGGGGAGGAUGUCGACCCUACGGACUUGAAGGAUGUGAUCUGGGCUGAAGCUACACGGUGUCAGCCGGGUGUGAAUGAGUUCCUCUUCGAGGAGUAUGGGAAUAUUCCAUUGAUUCCGUACGUGGGGCAUGGGGUUAAUCCUGAGACGGAGAGCGGACAUCAUCGGAAGGUGGUGAGGUGUUGUAUGUUUGCGAGCGAGUUUGGAGAUGGGGAGCUGCACUGGGAAGAGGGCUCUUUCCGGGGGUCGUUUCCUGUGGAUGUACAGAAGAGGAUGGAGGAUAAUUGGAAGGAGUAUGGAUUUGAUAGCUGA